GUCAUUUCUCUUUGAUUUUUCUUUUCUUCCCUCUUUUGAUUUUGCACUUUAGACGUAAUUAAACCAUUAAUGGGGUUUUAGAAAAGUGAAUAUAAUAUCAUUGCCCUGUAACUUUUAGAAGGACAAGACAAUACACAUUUAAAAAAUGCUUAUUGGACGAGAACGGUAAAGCUCAAAGCGUCUUACCAUUAGAUUUGUAAGAUCCAUUCAUCCAUCCAUUGCCUGUACCCACUUAUGCUUUAAGGUAAUGAGGGGUGGUCCCUUCUUCCAUCAGUCAUUGGGUGCGAGUAGGGAAUACACGCUUUUUGACUACAGUGGCCCAAUAUGUAGCGCUGACAUAAUCAUCCCAAAAUCAAAAUUUGCAGUACUGUAAUUGCAACAGGACUGAGAUAUUUGUGAGAGUAUUGUAUUUCCAUUGUCAUGCAUUCACGCUGUGUGUGGAAAUAUUAUAUUUGGUCUAUCAGCUGGGCAUUAACUAAGUACCCUAGAGGCUCACACAAUAUGUAAGUCUUUAGGAACCAAGACGCUGAAACCUGCGUAAAAUAAAGAAGACAUUGUAAUGAUAAGGAAGGCGCAGGAAAACGUGGGUUAGUCGUAAUCGAUAUGAGACUGAGGAGGGGGUUCACCUUCCAGCAGGAUGACGACUAAGUGUUACACAAGAACUACAAUCACGACAUAUCAGAUAUGGCAAAGGUGUAUCAUUGGAAAAUGAAUACUAGCACACCUAUAAUGCUCACGACAACUUAACACCUAAACAAACACAGCCUCAAGAUGUGUGUCAGUACACAGCCGAAUGAAAAAUGGCAGCAAACAAUCCAUUUUCUCGGUAAACUGCUAUUAAUUUUUAACUGUAUGUCUGUGACCUACAUUUGAAAAAUGUUCAGCCUCAGUAGGAAUCAGGGGGCCUGAGACGGAGAGGCUUUAACAGGACGGAGAAUAUGGAAAAUAAAGAGUGCAUCGCACUAACUCGAUAUUGGCUUUAACCAAUCACCACGUUGCCCAAGCUGCCAUAUGUAGCCAUAUCUGACAGAGAACAGAGCUGCAGUGUCACCAGAUGGCACACUUUUGUUUUUUAGACCCCCUGAUAAACUCUCACCAAACCUUUUUUAUUUUUUAUUAAUGUUUUAUUUAUUUAUUUUUCUGUAUAUGUCUGUUGCUCUAGUCUUUAAUAAGCCCCAUGGGGGAAAAAAAUAUUUUUCAGUAUCUCUCUCCAACAUUAGAAGUUCAGGAACAUAAACUACUUAUGGAUUAUUUUCUGAUCAGUAGAUUAUAAUUUCAUUUCAUUAUUCAGACUGUGAUUUUAUGCCCUCGGGGCCCAUCCUAUAUGGUUUAAUCAAAAAAAUACUUCUUCCGCAUUACAUCUUAAUUUAUCACAACGGGUUAAAGGGAGCCAAGGGAUUCACUAAACUCUAGUAAUACUGCUGUUUUUACAAUAUUUUUGUUUUAAAAGCACAAUUUUGAGCAGCUCGUUUGACGCCGAAUUUGGAACUGAGAGAGAAGAAAGUCCAGAGAUCUCAUAAUAAGUAAUGGAAAAUGGCUGGACUACCUCCAGUCAUUUGUGUUUUCUUUGCAUGUUUGGUCACCGCCAGUUCAUACCAGUCUGUCUUUUUGGGUAUCAUCUAGUUUCGAAUCACAGGCUUGUUAACAAAACAUCACUCUCAAGCGAGGAGCACAAAUGUAAAAGCUUUAUUUAUAACGGAAAGUUAAUGGGGCGGAAUGAGCUACUAAACUCUGUUAUUGUCUCUCUUUUAUGUAGCGUGCCUUGUUUUUAGAAUUGACCACACUUUUGAUUAUCCGUGCUAAUUUAAAAUUCGGAUAAGCCUUGAAACACAUUUUUCUGAGUGGGUGCAGGGUCUCUAGCCUUAGAGUUUGCACUAAACAAUGGAUACUAGAUUUUUUUUUUUUCCAAGUACUUGUAUGUUCUCUGCUUGCUCGUAUAAUUGAGUUUUACAGUUGAAAUGGGCAGUUGUCCAGGGCAGCAUUAGAAAGGGGAGGGGAUGCAGGAAAUUGGGAUUCAGAAGCACCAGAUUAAAAAUGUAAUUUACCUGCCAGUUGCUCCUUUAAACACGUUUCCUAUUGCUUUUAUGCAUCUCCAUUCAUUGAGGAGUUGGCAAAAUCUGCUUGCAGCUGAAUGUUGUUUUGUUCUUUGUGUGGGACUGCGUUUCAUUUUAUUCUGGCACGUUUUUAUUAAGCCCACAGCAUCUACAGCACACUGCAAACUGAAUGAGAAUUCACAAUAUAAAGUUGUGUUAAUCUAUUUACUGUAGUCUAAAUAGAGAAGGAGACGUACCCUGUUGAGGAAAGAAAGAAAGAAAGAAAGAAAGGUGCAGAAGGUAGACACACUGCAGGUGGACCCAUGCAAGUUGACUCGCCUGCUGUUGCAACACGAAACAAAAUGGUGCUGGAAGAUGUUAGUCAAACACUAAAAACAGAAAAAGUUACACUAAUAAGUCUGGGAAUACUUUAAACUGGUAGAAGUUUAAAAUAAAAUGUUGGGUUCACUUAGUUUAUUAGUCGGGUUAGAUUGGAGUUGGACACAAUGUCUAUGAGCUCGGGUCAAGUCGAGCUAGCUUUUUAGGACCGAUCUAAACUCUACAAGCAUAAUCUUCUCAUGAGUUCUGAGUUUGUAAAUGAAGAUGUGACACAAAUCAGAUUACAUUUGAUUAAACGUAACCUAAGACGGCAGGCAGGUGGUAGAAAAGUGAAUUGAACAUGACUGAUGCUACUUUCAAAGACAAACACCAUCUCAAAGAAACUCUGCAUUUUACAAGGUGUUCCCAAGAGAGAUACCCAGUGAAGUAAGUGAAACUUUAAUCAGAGCUUCCUGCUUAUAGUAAUGCAAACAUAACUUGACUUGCCUGUAUUAAAGUAGAGUAAGGUCCAAGUUGAUAGGGAAUAAUAAUGAGGACUAGACUGGAAAUCCUUCCUCAAAAAUUCGGUACUAGUAGCAGCAAACCAGGAAAAUUGGUAGUAAAGCUAACGGAUGGUUAAAGUAGCUAAUAAUGGACAUUACACCUCGGGAAAUCUGGUUACGUUUAUCCAUGUUAGUGUGGAUUCAACAACUAAGAUAUCAACUAGAUUUUGAAUUAGACAUACCUUGAUGUGUCUCAAAUUUAAAAUGAGGCAUUUUUUGUUAAUGCAUCCAAAAUUAAUCCGAUAAGAUUAAUAGUUUUAAAGAAGAGCUUUUCAGUGCUUUCCCAUUUUAUUCUUAAGUGUCCAGGAUUAAUUAAUAAUCCUUAAGCUCUUUGAGAGUACCAUUUUGCACCGGUUCUCCUAGGUAUAUUUAUAUUGUAGUAUUACAAUUUAAAGGGCCCUCGAAGGACCUUUAAGUUUUAGUAUUACAAUUUCAACUUAAAGGGCCUUUAAAUUGACCCUAAAUAGACCUUGACCCUGUUCCUAACCCUGGCUGCUAUAUUGCAGUAUUACAACUUCACCUUCAAGGGACAACUUAGGGCUUUUGAAGCAAUAUUAUAUUCAAAAGUUAUAAUCAGUUAAUAUCAUAUUUGUAGUAGAUAACUCUCUUGUCGUCUUUAUUUAGGGUGCAACUUAUUCCUGCUGGUGUUGUGUUAGGAUUGAUUGGCGACGCAGCUUACGGUAGGCCAGCAGUAAGUGCACUAAUGUAAUCUUGCAUAGUGAGGGAUGCAUUAAAGUAACAGGUUUGCAGUUUGCUACAUUUCUAGGAUAAGACACCACGUGGUUUGAGAAACAAGACAAGAGCAGAAGACAUCAUAAGAGUAACAUGCAAACACACAUGAAUGGGCAAAAGAGAAGCCAAAUAUGACAGCACUCUCCAAAUAAAGAACAUGCAUAAACAAACACAGGAAAGAAGAGGAACGGUUGACCAAAGAGAGGAAAGAAGAAGCAGGAAUAAAGUCUCUUUCCUCUGAAGAGUAAGUGAGCAUUGGGACCAGCCAGCUGAGUCCGUGUCAAGAGAAAAGGAACCCAAACAAGAACAGUGCAUUACAUGCAGAGCUUAGCCCACUACCCACACUGCUGCAGACAGCUGAGGCGCUAAUGGACCCCCAGCAGGAUGAUGGAAGAAGACAGAGUAAAAAAGAAAAAAAGGGGACACUGAAAGGUGGUUCAAUCAUGAAGAGAAAAGCACAUUUUCUAUCUUCACUCUGUCUUAGUAGCAGCUGAAAUCAGUUUGCUGGUUCACUGUUUAAUAAAAUUUGCACAGAGCAGGAAAGGGGGGUGGAAAAAAAUACACACGGGACAUGCUUUGAUUAAAAGAAAAAAAAAAGUCUGGGUUAAUUUAGAGUAACUUGCUGGUACUGCUGUAGCACUGUUUAAUAGAUGUUAGGCAGCGAAGGGAGGAGUGGAAAGGGGGAAGUUACAUCAAAGUGCAGUUAGUGAUAGAAAUGCAUUAGAUAUAAGCACUGCACUGAUGUUUGCAAUUUCAAAGCUUCGGCGUCUCUGCUUCAUAUCUGUGAAUAUUGGUGGGUUUUUCUUUUUUUCAUCACUUUGAGGUUUUUUUUUUUUUUUUCCUUAGGAGAACCAAGGACCAUGGUUGACUUUAUUCAAUAAAGCAAAUGGUGUGUUCAGUACAAGUGCCUCGUUUUUCUAUUUAAUGGGGAGUAAAAGCAAGGAGCAACAGAAACUGGGGAAAAAAAGUGUUUGCAAGUUAAUUUAGUGCUUUUACAAGCUGUAGAAAGUCUAUGCUUAUUUCAGUGGAAAAGAAAUGGAACGGGUGUGGGGAUUAUAAAAUAUACACCAUAGAAUUUCUACAAAUCGGUCAAACAUAAGCGAAUAUGUACUUUAUCUUCCUCACUUGACUCCUGGCUUUAACUGGAAUGGGAGGACGCAUGUCUUUUGUAAAAAUAUAAAACUACCUUUGGAUGCUGGUCUCAAGGCAAAGUCCAUCUGAGGGGACUCAGUUCAACAAGUGAGUAGCUUUUUUUUCUUUUUUUGUUGAGUUGAAGCUAAAAUGUUUUGUCAAAGCUUUGCUGAGAAUUAAGUCCGUUUCUGAGGUUGCUCUUUCAGACUGCCUGAUCAGGUUUAGGUAAACAUGUUUUGGCUUGAAAUAUGCUUUUUCACAUUUUGGUGCACCUUGGCGAACAACGUUAAAGCCUGCUUCUUGCCUGUUAUCUUGCUCUACCGUUCGGCUAACCAUUGAUGUAAUAUUGAAAUGCCCUUUAUACCAACAAUCCACCGAUCGGAGGCCGAACUCCGACCUCCAUCGCCACCAUCAACCCACAAUAUAAUAUUUCAUCCUCUGUUCCUGCUGACGAAGAUUUACUGGACGUCUCUGUGAAAGUCCAGCUGCACCAAAGCCAUCAGGGACAAUAAUGUAUCCAGCCAGAAGGUGGUGCUAUGUAGCAAAUGUAGAAAAUGAGCAAUCAGAUUUUAAGAAGAAGAAAAACAACAGCAAAGUUUGUGGAGAGAAAUUUCCUGUAUGGAUUUAUCAGUUUAUCUCUCUGGGACACAAAAGCUACAUUGAUAUUCUGAACUGUGUUGAAAAGUAUAUUUCACCGAGAAGAGUGCAGUUGUUCAGGUUCUGGCACGGCGAGUACAGAGUGGCAGUGAACAUCAACGACUAUCUAGACAUCUACUGUCCUUACUACGAGGGUCCUCCAUCCCACGGGCGAAUGGAGCGCUACAUCCUUUUUAUGGUCAACCACGAAGGCUACACUUCCUGCCAGCACAGGAUGCGCGGCUUCAAACGCUGGGAGUGCAACCGCCCCAGUGGCCCCGACGGGCCCCUGCGCUUCUCAGAGAAGUUCCAGCUCUUCACGCCCUUCUCGCUGGGCUUCGAGUUCAGGCCCGGACACGAGUACUACUACAUCUCGUCUCCUCACCCCAACCAUGUGGGCCGGGCAUGUCUAAAGCUGAAGGUGUAUGUCAGACCUCCAGAUGGGUCGGGAUACGAUUCUCCGGAGCCGUUCCUGACUGACGGAGGUCCGGGCUCCGGCGCCCGCUGGGCGGUUCUGUUAGCGGCUCUGGCCCCGCUCGUCCUGGGACCCGUCUUCAGGCUGUGACUACCCCACCUCCGUCUCCCUCCUCUUCCCGGAGUGCCCAUCCUGGGAUGAUGGGCUGGACUGGCUGUCCCUCUAAAUCCACCACCCCUCAGGGAAGCCCUCUGUCCUCCACCCUCCUUCUUCUUCCCACCUCCACCUGCAGUAUGACCACCAACCACCCUCCACUGCCAGCCCCCUUUUAUGGCGCCCAGCCACAGACACCCUUUCCUGGAUUACCUGCAAUGUUGUUUUUAUUUUGUUGGGUUUUUUUCUAAAGCAGUCUGAGAAGCUACCUUUCCUUCUCUUAUCCCUGAAUCCUCGGUGGAGCAGCACCUUUUAGCUGAAAACACAAGAGAAAUGUCUCAGCACUCAUAUCAGGGGGUCCUUUUUUGACUUUUGACUCUUGCCCACUGAUGGGGUUAGAUGUAGCCAUGGCUAUGAUUAAACUUGUCGUUCCAGUGCAGUCCCUAUCCUCCGAUCACGGCGGGGGGGGGGGGGGGUUCGUACGAUAGGCCUGAAUGCACAAAAAUUGGUUUUUCGCUGCUUCCUCGAUCUAUGAAUUGGAAGUGGCCAAGCUCGCAUCGAAAUUUGAAUUCAGUAGGACGUAGACCAUCUCCAAAGUGCAAUGAGGAUAAGAGUAAUUACGACGAGAGCAGGAGAAAAGUGAUCUGGACUUUGUUGCGAUGUGAAAGGAAAAGUGUGAAAGAAUACAGCUGAGGGGGGAAAAAAAAGAAUAAACAAUAAGGCAGAGUGGGGAAUGUAACUUACUGCAGUUCCCAGGAAACUUAUUUAUACACCUUGAGUUUUUUACAAUUUCGUACUCUCCAACCACAAGUUUUAGUGUAUUUUCCUGACAUUUUAUAUGAUGGAGCAACGCAACACAGCACAUAACUGUGACGUGGAAGUAAAAAACAUACGGUUUUUAUUUUUUUAUAAAUAAAAAUAUGAACAUGCGGCAGGCGUGUACGUUCUCCCUCCUGUAUUCCAUCUUUCUCUUCAAGUCUUUUGGGGUUGUAGCUCUGCCAGCUUUGCACAUUUCUCCAACAGCUUGUCUCAUUCUUAACUGUAAAAUACCUGCAGUUCAAUUAGAUUGGAUGAAAAGUGUGCAAACUUGAAAUUUCAAGUCCUGACACAGAUUCUUAAUUGCAUUUAGGUCUAGACUUUGACUGGGCCAUUCUAACAAGUGAACACUUUGAUCUAAGCUCCUCCAUUGCAUCUCUAGUUGUAGUUUUAGGGCAGUCUCAAAUGUUCUGCAGCUUUUUCUUGCAUGUCAGCAUAGUGGGACACUCAUCUCUUGAUAGAUUUGGUUUCUUUCCAUAAUCAGAUGAUGGAAAGAAAGAACUCUGUGAGAAGAAAACCGAAUUCUAAUCUGCACCGCACUUUUCACGUUUUUAUGUGCUAAAACAGUUGGAACAAUUAUACCACUCGGUGUUGCUCUAGCACAAAAAAACCCAAUAAAACACAUCGAAGUUGAUGUAAUGUGACAAAAUGUGAAAAAGUCCAAGUGGUAUAAACACCUUUGACAAAACACUGCAAGCUGUGCGUGUUCGCUACAUUUUUCCAGGAGCUCUGACUUUGCAUCUUGGCGACAAGUAUAACCAUAGCCCGUUUUAACGGGGCGGGAGAUUGGGUGGGAUGUCAUGGGUGGGUUUGGUGGGAUGUAGAUUUUUCAGGUGGGCUGUGUUUUGUCUUUUAUGUGUUUCUAAACAAAGCAUUUAUCACGGCCUGGCCUGCACAGGCGUAUCCAGCACUAGCUAAUGUUGUCUGGGUCGGGUGACUUUUGGAACCAGGACUUUCUCUUGUAUGAAUGUACCACUGGCCACCCACCUCUUUGUUAUUUUCUUUGUUGUUUUUUGUUUUCUCCGUGUUGUCAUGACUGUGGUCACUUACAAUACCUUCUCUCGGAUUGGCAGGAUUUAUCAAUGGCUCUGAGAUUCGACGAGAAGGCGGGGGUGAAGGGUGGGAGGGCAGGUGAGAAAAGGAGGCGACACUCAAGUUGCAUGACCACUGUGAAACCUUCAGAUCAAACUUGUUUCUAUCGAUAUAUUUUUUCAUGGUGAGAAAAAGAAAUAUCAGAAAACAUCCUGCUUCAACUCUUUUGCUCUCCCUGAGACUUUUUCAGACAUCAAAGGCGGGGUGGGUGGGGGUAAUAUUCAGACUCCUUCCUCACAUAGUUUCUCCUGUCUGGGCUCUCAGUCGUUGAUGGAUUAGCUUGGGCUGGAAAGAUAAAUGGACCCGUAGGGCGAAACUGACUGGAAAUCGGCCCCCGAAGCCCAACUCGGAUCACGACGGACGUAAACAAGGACUGAAGCUGAUCCCAGGUCCGGGGGGUUAAACCAAUAAGGGAAGCACAUAGACUGUGGCAAAUGAGGCGAGGUGUGUGAGCGAACUGCGUGUUAGGUAGCAUCACAAAAACACACAUAUGCACACCCAGACAUACACACACACACACACGCAAACACUUAAAGCGACAGUGUUUGAUGGGACUCAAGCAUAAAGAGUAAGCACUGUGAACACACACACACACACACAGACACCCACACAUGUAACAAUCCAUAAACAGAUAACCACACUUGCCAGCAAACAUGCAAAAGAAAAAAAGAGUGCAGUUGUAGACAUUUACAAAGACAUGCAAACGUGUACAAAACACAAACAAGGGGCAAUGCUUGUUCCCCUAUUCCGUCUUAUUUUUGUAGCAUUUAAAAUCACUGUUAAUUACUCCUUUGUGGAAUGCAGUGAUGGGUUAUCGCCUCAGAAGGAUUACAACAACAAUAACAACAACAAAAUGUGUCUUCUCUUCUUCCACUGAUGCCGUCCCUCUAUCGUUUCUUCUUUUUCUCCGCCGGUUCGUGAUCCACAGUUGGUAGCGGCUUUAGGAAGCCUCCAGGUCUGAGCGUCAUGUAUGAGUUUGUCUCCUUUUCUGUUCGUGGUGUUUUUAGGGCGGGCCUUCGCCGUCGGGGUCGUUCAGUUGGGACGGUGGCGUACGCAGAAGUCGGCUCGGGGAGAGAAACACACAAAUAAAGAUUGUCUUUUGUCUACUCGAAAA